UAUCAUCUUCUGGGGUCCCUCUGUGUGCCAUUGUUCAGGAUGAGGGUCUCCACUGUGAUCUGGGGGUCCCUUUGUCUUAUUGGAGCUGGGGCCCUCAGGGGCCCCAGUGAAGUCACUGUCCAUCACGGAGAGGAUUUAUCUGUGACCUGUUAUUACGAUGAUGGCUUUGAAUCCUAUGUUAAGUAUUGGUGUAAAGGAGCCUACAGGAAAACCUGUGACAUCCUCAUCAAAUCAACUGAUGGAAGGUCCAUGAACCAAUAUUCUAUGGAGGACAAUCCUUCAAGUCGCAGCCUUACCAUCACCAAAAGACGAAUGAGACCGGAAGAUUCUGACACGUAUCAAUGUGGGAUCGAACGAAACUGGUCCGAUAACAUGCACCCCGUGAAGGUGACCGUCCUCCCAGGGGUCUGCAGGAUGACGCCACUCUGGACCUCCAUAGUGGAAUUCCCUCCUAGAUUUGAGACUGCAUGGGAGAACGAGGUGGUGGAAGUGUCAUGUAAGGAGCAGUAUGACAGCAGGACGUUCCAUCUGACGUGUGUGAAGAAGUCAGACGUUUUCCAGUUUUUAUUUCAUUCUGAGCCGGCACCGUGUACACGGAAGUGUCAGAGGUUGAUAAAUGUGGGACAGAAUAUAAGCAUGUAUCCAGAGAAGGAAUAUUAUGGUCAGGGUGAAGAAGUGACGCUGAUGUGUCCCCCUGGAUAUUCACCCAAUUACAGCAAAAUCCGAUGUAUAAGAGCCAACAGCACCAAUAUCUGGAAUGUGACUGAGGCUUUCUGUAUCUAC